CAGUCAGAUUCAAAGCUCCAUUAGGUCUUUCUUAUUCUGGAUGAACUAUUGAAAGCAUCACCAUCACCAUACAAGAGUACCUUUCAAAUGUCUAUUGAAAUACAGAAUUUACAGUUAACAUAAAUAUAAUACUACUAAUUAUUGUAUACUGGCAAUUUAAUUGGCUCUCAGGCAUUUUCAGAUUUUAGAUUUUAUAGAUAUUAAAUUAUAUAGAUUUUAUAGAUAUUAAAAUUACUCUUUACCAGCAAAACAAACUUUGCACAGUACAUAGCAUUAUUCAUCAGGCUGGAAAGUGCUAAAAAGAAAAAAAUGUUUUAUAUCCCAAUAUGCUUAAUACUCAUACAAAUUAUUCAAAAUUAAGUAGCUUAAGAUCCCACAUAUUAAAACGUGCCUUAGAAUAAAUUAUAAUAGAUUAUGUUCUAAAAAUUCUAUGUACAAGGUAUAUUUCUUUUUAGAAAAGCUUAUAGUUGGUUUAAAGAAUAGUGGUUUAUUAAAGCAUUGUAUUUCUUGAAUGUACGGUCCUUGAUCUACUACACUUCUUCAGCAACCAUUUGAAGUUAAGCAUUGAAGUUAAGCUAUAACCCUUGCUCAAGAGUUUUGCCAUCCCAGAACCCCCAUGGUCAUUUGAGCACUGGGCAACCUGUUCACAUUUAGAACUGGUUGCCAAGAAUCAACUGAUCACCGUUUGAAAUCUUUCUUGCCAGCUUCCUCAGAAAGAGCCUCCCAACCUGUGCUGCUCCUCUCAGACACCAUCCCUGUCCCCACCUACACAGCAGCUCUUGCACACUCCUUGAUCCAUGAGGUGCUUCUCAUGUACCCUGUCUGACUCGUGGAACUUCUCAUGCACCCAUUUUCCCUGAGCAGCCUCUCUUGCACAUCUCCUCACUUCCUCCCCCAACCAGCAGAAACCACUUACCUGCCUGCUGAUUUGGAACUUGCAGAGUCCCCCACUAAUUUUGGGUGUAGGAAGCUGGCAAGAAGUUGCCUUGCCUAAACUGUGGGAAUCAGUUAAAAUCAGCAACUGAUACUGCAGGGAUUGCGGUCACUAAGCGAUGUAGUCACAUUUUAGGACUGUAUUGCUUGGCAAUGGAAAUUUCAGUCUCAAUUACCGUCAUAAGUCAAGACCAACCUGUGUGUAUGCCUCUAACUAUGAAAAGUUUUUGGAGGAUUUCUGAGGGAGCUAUAGAAAAGAAAUGCCUAGCUGAGAGGCCAAUGCAACAGGAAACUAUAAUCUAAAAUUAGUGCUUCUCAAGCCUUUGUGGCUUUUAAGGCGUGUGGACUUCCAACUCCUAGAACUAAUGUUCAUACAUCUUAAUACUGCUAAAGUUGAGCAAGACAAAUUACCCAUACAAACUUUAGCACAUUUGGAAAUGGUGGGAUAGGAGAGCCAAGGCUAUAUUCUGCUUCUUUCCAGAGAAGAUUUUGGAGACACCCUGUAGUUAUAGAGCCAGUUUGGUCUAGUGGUUAAAGCACCAGGUUAGACACCGGAGGACUGUGAGUUCUAAUCCUUCUUUAGGCAUAAAAACUGGCUGUGUGACAUCUUUCUCUCUCUCACACACACACACAUACCUCUCACAGGGUGGUUGUGGUGGAAAAAUAGGAGUAGAAAGGUGUACAAAGUAUGUAUGCCAUCCUAAGUUACAGAUAAUAAUGGUGGAAUGUAAAUAAAAUAAAUACAAGGGAAUGGAAUCUUUCUUGGCAAACCUACACCACUGCAUUUCACAAAAUUAGGAUACCAGGCACACCCUCGUUAAGACUAUAAAAAAAACCAACAAAAAUGAAAACAAGUUUGAACAAUCUAAUCUGCUCUAAUCCACAAAAAGGACUUUGGUUUUCCUUUUAGACUGGGUCUGGAGUGUGGUACAAAGGAAGUGCCAUUGAACAAACGGAAUGGAUAAAAAAAGGGGGGGAAAUGCCAAAAUAGGUCCAAAAAGGCUAUCUAAAGCAAUUCACCUUAAAACUCAUAUAUUUAUUUAAAAUGCUGUGAGAUUGUAUACUUAUUUUGCUUUAACCUUGCUAGCAUUUUAGAAAUGUCACACUGGCAUAAACAUCUUACAUUUAGAUUAGUUUUCUUCUAUGAUGGAACACAUUACCAAAGGAAAUAGGAUUGACAGAUUAAAUCAUAUAUUUUUAGGAUUAAGAAGAUUAAGGCAGGGAGCCUAACAUAACAUAUUAAUAAUGAUUUAAAUGAUACUUUGCAAGCAGUGAUUUUCUCAGUAUCAGAUGCUAUGCAAAACACAGCAAUAAAUGGCUAUCACAUAUUGUCCAGAGGCAUCUACCUGUCCUUUGUUGGAGAGUUAAGCUGACCUAAAUCUUUAAAGAUAGGUAAAGUUCUUAAUUGUCUCAUCAUAUAGACAUGUUACAUAAGCAAAAGUAUACCUAUAUAGUGUUGUAAGAUUUUUUUUUAAUUAUCUGGCCAAUUAGAUUAGUUGGAAAACUCUACACAGAGAAGCAAUUGGAUUGUAUCAGUUCCCAAUUUGCUCAUAUGGACUUGUAAGAAAGUAUUGUUAUAGAAAUUAUAAAGUGAAGAAGUCCGAGUAGGCUUGUAGGAUUCUACAUCUCUCACUAAUUGAAUUAUAGGUUUCAGAAUGUUGAUUUUAUUGUUUCAUUGAAUAUUAAAUAUGAUGUAGGAAAUCUUAAUGCAGGAACAUUAUUUCUAAGAUUGAAAGAUAGUACAAUUUAUCUUGUUAUCUAAAGAAGCAGCUAUAAUAUUCAUAUAAAGAGAAACUUUAUAUGAAUAUUUAUAACAGCCAUUUUAGCUAUGAUAAAUGAAAGUGAUCUGAUAUUCAUUUGUUAAAUUUAAUGUACUGAAUCCUCUGCUCCUACAGCUAUUAGGAAACUGCAUUAGUGCUUCCAAUUAUACUGCAGUAACAUGAAGUUUCUCCAGGCUCCAAGGAAAUUAGACCUUUAUACACAACACUAUACUGCAGACACCCCUGAUUUUACUUUAACUAGCACAGCAAGUUUCAUAGAUAAGCAGGAACUGAAACAGACUUCAGGGUACCUCUACCCAAAUAUCAGGUAGUAUAUCAUACUGACUCACCAUUAGGAUGUCUGGAAAAAUAUGUCUUUGCAUAGGUUAAUGAAGGCAAGAGUGAUUACAGGAACAGAAAAAUAAAUUAGAAUUUAUCUUCUUGAUAGGUCAACAAUGUUGAUUCAAGUCUUAUUUUGAUUCAUGUUGACAAUAAAAGAAGAAUGAAAAAAUAACUUUUUAGGAAAAUAAAUUAAUAUACUUACAAAAAGGGUAAUAUUAAAAACAGCCAUGAAACCAGAGGAAAGGAAAUACUUGGGGGAAACAGUUGAAAAAUUGUUACAGAAUCUACAAAAAAUUGCUUUUUAAUUCCACAAAGAUAAGAUCAAGUUCAACGGAGAAGCAAAAGCAUUAGACAAAAACACAGGCAAAGACAAUUUAAAAUAUCUCAGGCCAUAAUUUUUUUCCUAACCAUUUGCCAUGUUGUUUCUGAUGUAAGUCCUCAGCACUAGAAUUCUGUGUUUUAUUGCACCAUCCUCAUUUCAAUAGAGGGGAGGGGAAGGGAGGAAGAGACAUUCUAUUUGAAACCAUAUGUGGAAUUACAUAAAUCUCUUGAAUUAAUGGCUUGGCCAACAGAACUAAAUUUGCUAGAUCCUUUUUUAUUUCCGUAUCUGUACCUUCUUCCAUUAACACUCCUGAAGAAUAAAAAUCUGUGGUUCCAAGAUUCCACAGAAGCUCUAGUUUCUCUUGAGGCAAAGUAAUGUGGGCUGAGGCUUCAGAGUCAUUCACACCUAUUUCCUGCAACCUAGGCAAUUAGGUAAUAGUAUAAAUCCCAGUUUCUGAUGUCACUGAGUCAGCAAGGGCUUGGCAUAGUACACACACAAAGGAAUUACCACCCACAGAACAUAUGAGUGGCUGAGCGAGAAGUGAAAAGUACGUGCUGAAGAAAAGGUGCUUGAAACAAAGAAAUCUGAAAAUAUGCUAUGAUCUUUCAACAACUGCCAAGGAAUAAAACCACAAUGUGCACUGAACUGGAUGGGCUUCCUUCUAUGCUUCCCACUUGGCUGCUUCUCUAUUGGUCCAUCUCACUCAAACAAGAAAGAAGUUCUCUACUCCAGGAGCCUCAAUUUACCUGAAGACCAUUGAUUAGUUAGCAAACAUCACUUUAUUGCUUCUCUCAACAUGGACACAUGGCGGAGAGGAUCUAUUAGGUCCUCAGGUUUCUUCAAGCGGCUCUCAUUCAGAAGGAACAAGAAAUUGGGCAACCAGACUAUUAUCUUGAACCAGAACAGCCAAACAUUAGACUCCAAUGAACACUACGACAAAAAGAGAUUCCUAAGAAAUUUCAAAGACAAGCAAGACUAUUUUCCAUGUCAAAGUGAACAAAAUCUUACCACUAAAACACAACCACCUCCCAAACCACCUCGCUUAUAUCUGGACACUGCCAGCUGCCCCAAUAUAAUAGACCACAGAGAAUCUUCCUCUACAGAUAUAUCCUUUUCAAGCACUUCCUGCCAUUUUCAUAAGGCUACUCAAACACAACCUGAUCUAUUAUACAAAGCCCAAACCAUGAACUCUGAAACACUCUCCAGGAACAGUAAGCCUCCUUUUGAUCCAUCAGACCCCUUCCUUUCCUUCACACUAGAUUUGGGACCCUCACUCCUGGAUGAUGUUUUACAAACACUCAGAAAACAGAAUUUACUAUUAAAUUAGCUGGAAUUCUCACUAAAACCAAGAAAUUAAUCAUACUGACUCAUCUGAUUCAUGGACUAAGUUAUUUUUGGUUCUUUUUAAAAUAUUUUUCCCCAAAGAAGGUUAGAAGUUGCUAUUAAGUAAAUUAUGUUUUCUAUCUCAUUUUGAUAAGCAGGCAAUAUACUUGCUAUAUUUAAUCAAUCAGAAAUUCUAGACAGUAUGAGUAUGUGUAAGAAGAUGAUGGUUUUGGCUGGGAACGCUGCAUCUCUGGAUUUGUUUGGGUAAAAUAAUCUUAAAUAUCUCAGAACUCAAAUAGUUAUAAAUAAGGUUUUGAUAGGACACAGGAGGCAAGAGUCCUGAUCUACUAAUAAUGAAAUGGGAACUCUAAAUAUGAAAUUUAUCUUCUUUUGUGCCAGUAAUGAAUUUUUAUAAUUUCUUCCUUCAAUUUGGAGGAACUGAUUGGGAGAAUUAAUAAUUGCAAUUACAUCAUACUAUGAAUAUAAAAUGUGAAUGCAUAUGCUAUUCUUUAUUAAACCAAUUUGCUUUA